AUGGCUGAAGCUGAAAAUUUAACUCCACCAUCUUCUGCUACCCCUAACGACUAUAUCGAGAGUUUAACCCCUGAGCAAGUUGAACACGAUCAAAAAAUUGGUAUCAAGGCGAUUAGGUUAUUUUUGCAAAGUAAAACAUCUUACGAUGUGUUACCAGUUAGUUAUAGAUUGAUAGUCUUAGAUACGUCAUUGUUGGUUAAAAAAUCAUUAAAUAUCUUGCUACAAAACAAUAUUGUUUCAGCUCCUUUGUGGAACAACAAGACGUCAAGAUUUGCUGGAUUGUUGACUUCGUCCGACUUCAUCAAUGUUAUCCAAUACUAUUUCCAAUUUCCUGAAAAAUUCGAUCUUGUGGAUCAAUUGACAUUGAAUGGAUUAAGAGAUAUCGAAAAAGCUAUUGGAGUGGAUCAAAUCGAAACGGCGUCAAUUCACCCAUUUAAGUCGUUGUACGAAGCGUGUGUUAAAAUGAUAGACUCCAAGGCGAGAAGAAUUCCAUUAAUCGACGAAGAUGAAAAGACCCAUAGAGAAAUUGUUGUUUCUGUUUUAACUCAGUACAGAAUCUUGAAGUUCGUUGCAUUAAAUUGUAAGGAAACUAAAAUGUUACUUAAGCCAAUUAAGAACUUACAAGGUUUAGGAACACUCAAGGACAUAGCGACUUGUACUAUGGAUACACCUGUUAUAGAUGUCAUUCAUUUAUUGACCCAAAAAUCAGUGUCGUCUGUUCCAAUAGUAGAUGAACAAGGUAAAUUGAUCAAUGUUUAUGAAGCAGUCGAUGUGUUGGGAUUAGUUAAAGGCGGUAUAUAUAAUGAUUUGGUUUUAAGUGUGGGCGAUGCGUUAUUGAGAAGACCUGAGGACUUUGAAGGUGUCCACACUUGUACGUUGAAUGAUAGAUUAAGUACCAUAAUGGAUACCAUUAGAAAGUCAAGGUUACACAGAUUAUUUGUGGUCAAUGAUGAAGGUAAGUUAGUGUCUGUUAUAACGCUAAGUGAUAUUUUAAACUAUAUUUUAUUUGGUGAAGAUUAG